UCCUCUUGUUAAGCUGAAGCUUCUUUGGGUAAUAUUUCUUAUGCAUCAUCUGUAGAAUCUGGAAAUGAAGAAAGGAUUGCACCCUCAGAUGCAAUGGAUAUCUUACGUGACUCAAAGUGGUAGGUUGAUCAAUGUCAUGAUGAGCAAAAUUCACCGAGAACCCAAAGUAUACCAUUUCAGAGCAAAACGUCAGAUGGCUCAAAGCUUGGGACAGAUUGCCAAGUUCAAGCGCCGUUACGGGGAAGAGCAGAAGGAUGAGGUGAACAAGGAAGAAAAAUAGGACCAUUAGCUUCUUGUUGACUUAAUCUUAGCAUCUUAUUUUUGAGUAAGUUGUGGAGUGAGCUUACCAUUAUCUGGCUUGAUUUGUAGUACUUUGGAUGGUAUCAUCUAUGUUAACUUGAUCUUUACUUAUUUGAUGGGUUUUCGGGGAAAACAGAUCCAUAGGGUAUCGCGUCGCAUCAGAAUACUGAUUUACUUCUCAUAAAUUUAGAAUUUCUUUCACAGAA